GAAAGAGAGACGGAGAAAGAGAGGGAUGGUGGGAGAGGGAGGACAUAGGACCACGAUGCGCAGAGGAGAAGCUGUGACUGAAGAUUGUUAAGAGGGGCUGGGGAGCUGCGGUCAGAAAACAGGCGAGCUUUGGGUCUCGGUUGGUUUUCAAUAGGGUGUCUGGAGCUGGUUGCUCUUGAGUUAAGUGGACAGUCUGAGGGCACCACAGCCACGUAGGGAUCCUAAGAAGUGGGUUAGGUCUGGGGGUGUGACGGGUGUGCAGCCCAGCAGGGCUAUGAAGUCCCAACACUCCCCAGAGAACGCGGCCAGGGAGAGGAGCCGUGUACGUAACCUCCGCCAGGCCUUCCACAGCCUGCAGGCAGCCCUGCCCUCCGUCCCCCGUGACACCAAGCUCUCCAAGCUGGACGUCCUGGUCCUGGCCACUGACUACAUCGCCCACCUUACUGAGACCCUGGACCAGGGCGGGGCUCUCUCUGAACUCACAGUGCCCCCCAGGGCAGGGGGCUACCUCCACCCAGUCAAGAAGUGGCCGAUGCGCUCCUUGCUAUACUGUGGGAGUGUGGGAGCACUGCUGUCAGCCAAUCAGAAGCCAGCGUCAGGGGAGGAGGAAACACAUCCACCGACCCCUACCCCAGAGGUCGACAUGGACCAAUCCGUUUAGGACUAGGAGCGUUGAAAUACAAUAUAUCCAACUGUGAUGCUUAUGAAACUGCAGCGAAUGGCAAUGUAAUGUAUGUGCUAAACACGGAAACACCUAGAACAAUGUCAAGAUUGAAAUCAAAUACACCAAAAUCAAAAGAUCGCUUUGAUUAGCACAUUAAAUCACUCAUUUAUUACAGAAGCAUAAAUCACUACUUGAGAAUAGUGUGUGAAAUAUUUGUUAGGGACAGAUCUAAAAUUUACUGGGCGAGGGGCCGGUCCAACUCAAGGUUUCAAAAAAUAAAUGCACCUUCUCCCAAACAUAAAACAAUAUUUUCACAUGACCCUCCCAUUGUACUGAAAAAUAAAUUGAACACCCUCCCCUCUCGUCGAAUUAACUCUAAAUGAUUAAUACGACCACAAAUAAUAACGGUUUAUAAACGGGGAUGUCGACUGUGCCACUUUAGCAUGCUUUUGUGGCACAGUCGAUGCCAUGCAGGACUACGGGCCAGAAGGUUGAGGUAGUGUUUCCUUACACUACGAUCAGAGCUGGCUGCAGACAAUGAUCAGCUCGGGGGAAAUCAGAUUUUCAACAUUUUGAUGCCGUAGUUAUAAUUAUAUAAAAUAUAUGCUACGAAUUUUCCACCAACAGGUUUCUGUGCCAAUGCACCACACUACCGAUAAACAAAGCAUACCGACUUCGGCCACUUCAAUAUUCGGGCUGCACACAAUUGGCCCACCGUCGUUCGGGUUUGGCCGGGGUAAGACGUCAUUGUAAAUAAGAAUUUGUUCUUAACCGACUUGCCUCGUUAAAUAAAGGUCAAAUAAAUAAAUAUCAUGGUUUCUGUUUGCAACACAAUACAUUGACUAGAUAAAUAGAAAAUUCCCCACCUUACCUUGUAGGCUUAUCCAGAUUCGAUGGCUUAACAACCUCCAAAUGUCAUUUAACUAUUUGGUGUUUUGUAACAGAUGUCUCUUUCCAUUCAGCAAUUGGCAGCUGCACAGUUUGGAUUGAUUGAAGGAUACAUGUUAUUUGUAAAGAUUUGAAAAGUGACCCGGAUUGCACAAUAAAGCCAGGGACUUAUUUCCA